UGACGCGCUAACAUCCGCUCUAGCCGCUGCCCCUUCCUGUUAGCUUACACUGCUUCCAUGUCAGACCACAUUUAGCUUCUUACCUCUUUGUUAUAUUCAGUCACUUUACAGUGCUUUUAAAGAACAAUCCGAACCAAACAUGGCAGAAGCCAUUCAGAAGAAACUGAAGGCGGAGUUAGAGAAAUACACGCAGAUGCAGAAAGAUGUUAGCAAGAGCAUGUCAGCCAGACAGAAGCUGGAGACGCAGCUGACAGAAAACAACAUUGUCAAAGAGGAGCUCGAUCUGCUGAACAGCUCCAACACCGUGUACAAACUGAUCGGUCCAGUAUUAGUGAAGCAAGACCUGGAUGAAGCCAAAGCCACAGUCGCAAAAAGGCUCGAGUACAUCAACGGAGAGAUUCAAAGGUACGAGUCACUCCUGAAAGAAAUGGAGAAGAAAUCCGAACAGCAUCGAGAAGUUCUGACUAGUUUACAGCAGGAGUUUCAGAAAGCUCAGGGCCUCACUGCCGGCAAAGUCUGACGCAACAGGAUUCAUCUGCACGCAUGCUCACACACACACACGCACACACACGACGUAGAAGGGAUUAUAGCGAUAUAAUGUAAACCUGCUACAGUAGGCUGAGGAAGUUCUGCUCGUAUCUUGUCUUAAUUUGCAGUGUUAUUACUGUGACUUUGCUCUUGUUACUAAUAAACAUGUUUUUCAUGAAAGCAAA